AUGUAUGGGAUCAGUACUUCUGCUCGAUGUUCAUCAAAGCUUAAGCGAAGGAGAGUAGAUGCGAUUCGUGAAUUUCCCAAAGUGUGCGGAAUAUUUCCAGUUGUGAUGGACUCAAGAGAUGGUGAAGAUUAUAUUGUUGAUCACGUACAGCCUCCACAAAAUCCUGUUACUCAAGCUGCGAGAAGAAAGUACCCUCCUCCGAGGAUAUUGAAAGGAUCUUCUGUCCAGCGAGAUUUUCCUAGUGGUUUUGGGCGACGGGAUUUGCAUUCAGCUUCCAAAGUCUGUUUACCAAAUGAUGUUUCUGCUGCUAAGCCUGUGCAGAAAGCUUCUGUGGAAACUGCAGUGAAGAAAUCCCAUCCUCCAGGGAUAGUUACAGACUUUUCAGCCAGGCAGGUUUGUUCUGCUGUGAAACAGAAUCUGUUUUCUGUUUCUCAUGACAUUUCAUCCCACGGUUGCGGUAAGCAAAACAGUUUCGUUUCCCAAGAAAAUGCCUCAGAAAAUAGUUAUGCAGGAAAUCAGAAUUUAGGUUCUGUUUCCAAGAAAAUCUUUGCACAAAACAAGAAGAAGUCUAUUGUAGCAGAUUUUAGGUCGAUGAGGUCUGAUGGUACUUUGGGCAACAACGAAACCGGUGGACAUCGAGGAUCAAGUGCUAGUUGCGAUAAAGUGAAAGAAGUCUUGAGAUUGUUUCAUCUAACACUUGCGAAGCUUUCGAAAGAAAAUUUAGCAAAGCCAAAAAUGGAGAGAGAUUAUAAUGUCCCUAGAAAGGCAGCAAUACGUAUUAAAGAUCACCAAAAAUGGAUUGAUACAAGCAAACGGGUGGGUCCGGUUCUUGGAGUUAACAUUGGUGACAAGUUUCGAUUUCAGGCUGAACUAAAUGUAAUCGGCCUUCAUUGUCACUUUUAUAAUGGAAUAGAUUAUAUGAAAAAGAAUGGGAUCUCAUUGGCCACUAGCAUUGUCGUGUCUGAGCGUUAUCCCAAUAACAUGGAAUCGUGUGAUGUCCUCAUUUAUUCCGGUCAUGGUGGAAAUCCAACAGUUCGAGGCAGGCAAGCAGUUAAAGAUCAGAAGCUUCAACUGGGAAAUCUUGCAUUGAAGCACAGUAUGGAUCGUAAGACUCCUGUACGAGUCAUUUACAAAGUAAAGCUUAAGAGUUCCAAAACAUUUUCCUUAAAAGGUACUGGCUGGAGCAAAAAUUUGAACCCGAUAUUCGUUUAUGAUGGCCUAUACAUAGUUGAAGAAUUUUGGGAAGAAAGAGGAGAAUUCGGUAAACUUGUCUUCAAAUUCAAGUUGAAGAGAAAUUUGGAUCAACCUAAGUUGCCUCAAAGAUUGGAGAGAAAACUCCUUUUAUCGAGGUGA